AUGACUACAGAACCUCGCCGUGUCUUUGUUUUCACUCAUGCUCGAACGGCUUCAAAUGUAUUUUACAAGGUCCUCGCAAGCCAUCCGAUAUUCCACCCUGCCGAAUCCAGCACCUUUAUUUCAGCCUUUGGCCUCGGAACGGAUAGCCAGAGCGCACGCAGCAGGGAUAAAUGGCAACGGUGGUACAACAUGAGCGAUGAUGAGGUGUCCAAAAUCAGUUAUCAAAGCAAAUUGGACGAUCUAGAGAGGAUGAUGGCUGAAGCUGACAUGAAUAAGGGGAAAUGGUUUUUAGCGACCGAACAUCCGUACAUCUUGAUGUCAUCCGCAGAGGUCCAUUCUCAUAUGAACGUUCCUGGAAGCGAGAUAUUUCCUAUACCUGUAAUCGAGGACCGGAUGCUCGAUGUUAUCGCCGAAUCACCAUCGAGCGAGCUAACCAUCCCAGGACACGUACGGAACCCAACAUUACUACCAGACCGGAUCUUCUUCUCACUCACUCCCAUCUUCACCAUUCGCCACCCCGCCCGAGUCAUUCCUUCUUAUGCACGCGCAGUCCUAAACUCAUUUGGAACCGAUACAUCUGAUCUUGAUAUCCCAAUCGGAGGAGCUGGGUUUUGUCUUGACCGUCUUGUAUUUGACGCUUUCAAGGCGUUUGACGAGGCCAGAGCUGCUGCGGAGGGUCGACCACCGAGGGUUCCUAUCGUGGUUGAUGGGGAUAGGUUCGUCCGAGAUCCACGGGGACAGAUGAGGAGAGUGUGUGAAGCGUUGGGGAUUGAUGCAGAUGAAGCGUUGUUGAAAUAUUCUUGGGAAGCGAAUCUUGAUACGGAGGAGAGCAAGAAACGGGAGGGCUUUUUGAGUGUUUUGCAUCGGUCUACUGGGGUUCUCGAUCCUAGGUACGACAAGCCGCUUGAUUUGCAAGAAGAAGUCAGGGAUUGGGCGAAUAAAUGGGAUGAGAAGACUGCUAGGAAUUUGGAGGAAAUGGUGGCUGGGGCGAUGGACGACUAUGAAUACUUGCUUCAGUUCAGUAUUUGA